UGGGCCGAUUUUGCAUUGAUUUAUUAGUUUUACCCAAAAUUUUAUUCGGAAUUUGGGCCCCACCUCAACCCAGGGAUCUGGGCUUCUGGAGUUUGGUGUUACUGAGAAGGCUAUAUUAAUAAUAAAUACUACGCAAAGGAGAUCAUAUUUGUAUAAGGUGUUUGGGGAUCUGAUUGACUUUGGUUGGAAGCGUAGGAGGAACUUUGAGAAGCUGUGGAGGGCUUUCAGCAAUGGAGGGUCCGCUGCUCAGUGAAACGCUUACGGAAAUACUGAUUCCAGUGGCGGCGGUCAUUGGAAUAGGGUUUGCAUUGCUGCAAUGGCUGCUGGUUUCUCAAGUCAAGGUGAAGCCCUCCACGGUGUCUAAUGGUUACAAUGACCGUUUGAUGGAGGAGGUCGACGAGGAGGGAAUUGACGGGCGCCAGGCUGUUGUGAAAUGUGCGGAGAUCCAGAACGCUAUCUCGGAAGGGGCCACAUCAUUCCUGUUUACAGAGUACAAGUAUCUGGGGGUAUUUACUGUGUGUUUUGGGGCUAUCAUAUUUUUGUUUCUCGGUUCUGUGGAGAAUUUUAGCACCAAAUCUCAACCCUGUACUUAUCAGAAGGAAAAAAUGUGCAAGCCUGCUCUUGCAAAUGCUAUGUUCAGUGCUAUAGCUUUUCUGCUUGGUGCUUUGACAUCAGUGUUAUCUGGCUUUUUCGGAAUGAAGAUUGCAACUUAUGCAAAUGCAAGAACUACAUUGGAGGCUAGGAAGGGUGUUGGAAAGGCUUUCAUUACUGCAUUUAGGUCUGGUGCUGUGAUGGGUUUUUUGCUUGCUGCAAAUGGACUUCUUGUGCUUUACAUUACCAUUAAUGUUUUCAAGAUAUAUUAUGGAGAUGAUUGGGAAGGUCUCUUUGAAGCCAUCACUGGCUAUGGUCUUGGUGGGUCCGCAAUGGCGCUUUUUGGAAGAGUUGGUGGUGGAAUUUACACCAAGGCUGCUGAUGUUGGUGCUGAUCUUGUUGGUAAAAUUGAGCAGAACAUUCCUGAAGAUGAUCCACGGAACCCAGCAGUUAUAGCUGACAAUGUUGGUGAUAAUGUUGGAGACAUUGCUGGUAUGGGCUCAGAUUUGUUUGGGUCCUAUGCUGAAUCCUCCUGUGCUGCUCUUGUUGUGGCAUCCAUCUCAUCAUUCGGCAACACUCAUGAUUUCACUUCAAUGUGCUAUCCCCUGCUUAUCAGCUCAAUGGGUAUUGUGAUUUGCUUAAUCACAACGUUGUUUGCAACUGAUUUCUUUGAGAUCAAGGCAGUAAAGGAAAUUGAACCUUCUCUGAAGAGGCAGCUUAUCAUCUCUACUGUACUAAUGACAAUUGGCAUAGCUGUUGUAAGCUUUGUUGCCUUGCCAUCAACCUUCACGAUCUUCAACUUUGGUGCUGCCAAAACAGUCAAAAACUGGCAUCUGUUCUUCUGUGUUUCAAUUGGAUUAUGGGCUGGACUUGUGAUUGGUUAUGUUACUGAGUACUAUACUAGUAAUGCUUACAGCCCUGUUCAAGAAGUGGCCCAGUCGUGUAGAACUGGAGCUGCAACAAAUGUCAUAUUCGGCCUUGCUCUGGGAUAUAAAUCGGUCAUUAUUCCCAUUUUUGCCAUUGCAGUUGCAAUAUAUGUGAGCUUCAGUUUGGCUGCCAUGUAUGGAAUUGCAGUAGCUGCUCUUGGGAUGCUAAGUACCAUUGCAACUGGACUAGCUAUAGAUGCUUAUGGUCCAAUUAGUGACAAUGCUGGUGGUAUUGCUGAGAUGGCUGGCAUGAAUCAUAAGAUUCGAGAGAGGACUGAUGCCCUUGAUGCAGCAGGAAACACUACAGCUGCAAUUGGAAAGGGGUUUGCCAUUGGUUCUGCUGCACUCGUGUCUCUUGCACUGUUUGGAGCAUUUGUAAGCCGAGCUGCAAUUACAUCAGUGGAUGUUCUUACUCCAAAAGUAUUUAUCGGUUUAAUUGUUGGGGCAAUGUUGCCAUACUGGUUUUCUGCAAUGACGAUGAAAAGUGUGGGUAGUGCUGCGUUGAAAAUGGUUGAAGAGGUUCGCAGACAGUUCAAAAACAUACCUGGUCUGAUGGAAGGAACAGCAAAACCAGACUAUGCUACUUGCGUUAAAAUAUCAACAGAUGCAUCCCUGAAAGAGAUGAUUCCUCCUGGGGCCCUUGUGAUACUCACACCUCUUGUUGUAGGUAUCUUAUUCGGAGUAGAGACCUUGUCUGGUGUACUUGCUGGUGCUCUUGUCUCAGGAGUUCAGGUUGCUAUAUCAGCAUCUAACACUGGUGGUGCUUGGGACAAUGCCAAAAAAUACAUAGAGGCUGGGGCAUCAGCAGCUGCAAGAGAAUUAGGCCCUAAGGGAUCUGAUUGCCACAAGGCUGCUGUAAUUGGUGAUACCAUAGGAGAUCCUCUGAAAGACACAUCUGGACCAUCACUUAACAUUCUGAUUAAACUUAUGGCUGUUGAAUCACUUGUAUUUGCACCUUUUUUUGCCGCCCAUGGAGGAAUCCUGUUUAAAAUCUGAAGCUAGUUCGCAAACCUAUAUUUUACGGCAGAUAAAUUUUCAGUGAGAAAAGGCUUGUCCAAUGUAUUAAUGUUUUUUCUGUAGGUUGUAGGUAUACCUGCCCUAGGCAGGCAGGUUUUUAUUUUCAAAUCGCAUGGAGCAUAGGUAUAUAUCCAGUCUGUUGUGGAACUGGCUAAUGGCUAAUGGUUAAAAGAUCCGAUUCAGUUUUGUAUUCCAAUUUUUCAAAAAGGUGGAAGAAUAACAUACAAGUAUAAUUCUUGGUGUCUA